AUGGUGGGUUAUUAGUUUUUCUCCAACACUAGUUUACAUAGUGUGAUUGAUAAAGGCUAACCAUUCAUAAGAAGUUCCAACCACUUUAGUCGGUGAACGUUUACAGUGGGACUUGCCACCUUCCUUGGCAUUCCUCAUUAACUUCUACCCGGUUGUCCCAUCAUACAUCUGUAAUACUUCACUCUUAAAACAUGCGUCAUCCACAUAAAUACAAUUCUGGUAACAUUAUAUACCCAUGAAUUAUUACUACUGAGCAGCACUACAUUCAAACUUUGAUAUGCAGUUAAACGUGUCACCUACACUGUAAUUGAUAAUAAGUAAACUAAGUAACAUUACGUUUCGUUUCCUCUUUUGCAUCUAUCACAUUGUCCUCGCUUAUAUGCAGCUAGCUGUCAGUAAAAUGUACUACCUACCUUUUUUGUUUCACGUUUUUAUCAUUAAAACAAAUUAACAUUCAACUUAUAGAUUUUGCUUGGUAAAUAAUACUACUACUUCUCUUCGUGGGUCCCUAGAUUCAACGUCAUGAUUAUUUGUAUAUAAGCGAGCCCAUGUAAUAUAUUACAUCACUCAAAAUGGGAAUUUGUUAAAAGUAUAUCAUUUAAGAAUAGGACAGUCUACCAUCGACCAAGAAGAUUUUACACCGUAAAUUCAUCUUCGUCAUCAUUAGUUCCUUUUUGCAUCUAAAGUUUUUAAUUGGACUCUAUUUUAGUCUUAUGUAAAACAAUAGUUUCUUGAUUAAUAGUUUUGACUCAGUUAACCUUUGUCGUUCGACCAUGUGUAUGUUAUCUCAUGCUUCCACUUCUAGUUAUAGCUCAAUAUUUCAUAUAAAUUUGAGUGUUUUCUUGAUAUUUAGUCUGUAUUCGAAGAAAUGGAUUUUUUUUACAAAGUAAAGUAGUUGAUAAAAUAAACAUUCCACUUGUGUUCUGUAGGUGUUUUGAUUGGGACAUAAGGUGAUGUUGGCGAUGAAUUGUGUGUGUGUAAAUAAGAAUUCUGCACAUAAGAUUUCACUUUAAAGAAAAUCAAAUUCAUAGAAUCUUUCACCAGUAUUUUUAGAUGAAUAGUAAAAUGAGUUUCUCGUUAGAAAUGCAAAAUGAGCUCAAUAGAUAAGAUUAGAAUCAGUUGUCACUGGGAUUGAUUAUUCACACUCCUAGCCCAUGAGACAAACGAUGUUUCAAAUGAAAAAGCUCCUUAAGUAAUAGAAGUAAGGUUAAAGAAAUACACACGAAUAUGUAAGGUCUUGUAGAUGUUAGAAAUCACGACAGUAAUCUAAUGCCAAUAAUCGUAUUGCUCUUACUGGUAGAAAAGGUCGAGAAAUUAUUGCACACUGUAAACACGAAUCAAUGUGACGACUAAGUGCUUAAUGUGUUGUUUGGUUUUAAUUACACCAUACUGAAACUUGUGAUGGAUACUAGUGACUAACCAUAUUUUAUUCAGUGAAGCUUCAAAAUGUACAAUAUUCUUGUUAUCGUACACAUUAUUGUUUACACAAUGAAAUUCUCAAAAUUUAAAUAAAUUGACUUAAGCUAACAUUCGGUGUUUUUUUGUAGGAAAUUCAAUGAAUAUGGGACAAAUUUAGAAAGAAUAACUAGUGCACCAUUUUGGCCUCCUUUAAGUGGAACAGCAUCAGGGAUAAACCUCAAAACUAUUCCUUGUUCAACUGAACGUUAUUCCUACAAAUUGGAAGGCCAACCCUCAAAUUUAAAUGUCUUCCAGCCUGAUCCAACAAAACGAAGUCAUCGAAACCAACCAGCUCCACAAUUGUCACGAAUAUUACGACCUCGGCGAUUUGUUUGUCGAAAAUGUAAAAAAGCAUUCCAUUUAGAAGAACAUGGUACGGAACUUUCCUCUUCCUUCCUCACUGAUCAGAUAGAUCGUCGCACUUCGGAUUCAUCUGCCCUAAAUUCAGACAACGAAAUAAAUCAUUAUCUUUCUAAAAGCAACUUUUCUGAACAAAUUACACUAGCGACACUCAAUGGAAAUUCUCAGUCUAUUCGCCACGUCACUCCACCAAUCAUCCCCAAACUAAAUGAAGAAAUGAAGAUAAAUGUGGAUGAUUCGUCAAAAUCAGAAAUUGAUUCUAGUUCUGAUAUACGCUCAAAAUCUAAAAAGCAUUUUAUUUCUGAACAGUCGACUAAGACUCCAGAAUCGUUAGAACCAAAAUUAGUCAUGUCGAAGAAACGGAAAGUCGAUGUUAUUCCCGAUAAGCAAAAGCUGAAGAAGAUUAGACUAAGUUCUCAGAAACUCACUGAACCGAUUAAUGUUAGUAAUACAGUCCUGGUCGCAACACCACCUGUCGUUGAUCCGGAUUCAUCUGACCCUGCAGUACCUUCAUCGGAGGAAACCAAAGAUUUUCCUACUUCUCCAAUCCUAGUCGGUAAGACAGAUUCUGUUGAUUCUCUUUCGUCUCAGGAACAAACUCGUAAGAAUCGAAUCAAAGCUCAAUACGUAUCUGUCACCUCUCCAUUUCGUUAUCCGUUUGGAAAAAAAACUAGAAUCUCUUCCAAACAAGAAAUUGGAAAUAUCAACUCGAUUAGUGAUAGCAGAAUAAAAGUUGAAUCAAACGCUACUCGCAAAGGUUCUGAAAAAUCAGAAAUAAUUUCAUUAACAUCUUCAAAAACGAAUCUUGGCGUACGAAAAAACUCUCGAUACCGUACUCGUACUCAGCUGAACCCACUUUCUGUCACUUUGGAUUCACUGGGUCCUUCUUGUUCUGUGAAAGAUUUAGAAAGUCGUUCAGAAGUGGAUGAAAUUCUACCUAGUGAUUCUCUUGAUGGUGAUUUUCCACAAAAAGAAAAUAUCCCAAAUAGUAUAAGCCCACACCUGUCAAGCCCAUCUAAGGAGAAGCAUUCUGCUUCCGUACAGUUAACUUGUAAAACGUCUACGUAUGGACACAAUUCUGCCUCAAACAAUUUUGGGAUUUCUAUGAGUGAGAGUAAUUUCUCUCCACAAAGUCGACGUAAAGCUUUUGAUUACGAAAAACCAAAAAACAGAUGGAUGCGUGAAGCACGAGUUAGAAGGUGUCAAGAUGAACGAAACAAUAAUCCUAGUUCCACUGCAGCAAGUCAUAUUUCAACUUCAUCCAAUAAUACAGAUACGGAAAACUCUGCAUCAUGUAAUGCACAAUCUCCUAGUUUAAACCGACUGCGAAUUCGGUCAGGUGAUGGAUCUAGUGUUAGUCCCAGCGAAAGUACUUUAAAAAGUAAUAGCAAUGUAUCUUCUAAGGUUAAGUUGCAUAAUGGGUCGUUAAGCAAUCGUAACAUUGAAUCAGGGGACGCUUCACAGUCCGAGAAAUAUUUGGACAUAACUGACCAAAAGUCUACAUCUCAUGUGUCUCCAUGUUUGACCCCGACAAGUGAUAGUUCUGGUCUCGCCCUUCCUGUAAUAAAGAUUAAAAUUAAUCGGAAUAGACAACCUUCUGGGUGUUCGAAAACUGUACCGACACAAUAUGAAGUUGUCAAGUUACAGACUGGUUCACAUCUAGAAUUAGCUACUUCGGCUUCUAAAGUUGUGAGUGAAGAAAAUAGUUCAAUAGCGAAUGCGAAUCCAUCUACUUUGAAGUUAGACAUUCUUUGCAAUGGUUUACGUUCACCGUCACCGUCACCAUCCGCCAGUUCUUCAAAGAAGGGAUCUACAUGCGAGAGUUUAAUAAUAUCAGGUCCUUUAGUAAAACGCUGUAAGUUACAUGACGGCAUUGUUUUUCGUGUCGGUGACCUAGUUUGGAGCAAACUUUCAGGAUGGCCUUACUGGCCUGCACAGAUUACUAGCAUACAACGUGUAGUUGCCAAUGAAGUUGAUUUACCGAAUUCUGAACAAGUACGCCCCGUCGUGGAUUUCCAAGAACAGUCAUCUCCACUUUUAACAUCAGAGCAGGUUUGUUAUACUGCCUGUCUUCAUUGGUUUGCUUGGAAUCAGGUGUCAUACAUGCCAUGUGAUAAAUUAUUUCAUUUUCUAGAACAUUGUAAACGAUUUGAUAACAAAAAGAAACGUGGAGUUUUUCGCCAGGCAGUUAAUGAAGCAAAACAAGCGGCAGAAAAAAGGCAAGAAACUCACUCUACUGAUAGUGAAAGUGAAUGGGAUCACGAAGUUUUUAGCAGCACAAUACAUCAACAAUCUUCAUCUCAGCCAUCUGAAAUAUCUGUUCUCGAUGAUGCCAAACAGUUGGAGGUUUCACAAACUGCAUCAUCACUAUCCAUUCCCGACAUAAACCUUGGUGUAGAAGUGAACGCGACCACAAAGCGAAGUAAACAUCUAAAUAACAAAGUAAGAAAAAACAAAACCAAAGUCUCUUGUGAGAAACAAGAACCUUCAAUGUUAUGUCCAUCAGUUGUUGAUUCUUCGAAUGUAUCCUUAGGUCAAAGUACCUAUAAUAACAUAAGCGGGGAAGUCACUGCGUCUAUAGAAUCAAAAUUACAUGUGAUAUCUAAACGUAAAUCAAAGCAGCAGACUAAAAACAAGGUUUAUGCUAAUACUUCUGAAGAUAAAAAGUUGUUGGUAGAAGAGUACAAUUCUUCUUUAACAAAUAAUAAAUCUAAUGUUCGUUUAAAAAUCAUUCUUUCGAAACCGAAAUUGAGAAGUAAGCUCAAGUGUGCUGAAGUUUUGAGCAAUAAUCCACAAAAUUCUUUUGAAAAUGAAGUUAACAAUUCUUCAUUACCGAAUCUAGAUGUCCCAAUUACUAAUAACAAAAUACAUCAAAUUGUUGAAAAUUCAUCAAAAGAAGACACAGAAAGUCCAUUUACUUCAGGGAUUAUUCCUGAAUCAAAUAUAUCAACUACCGAUUCACAAGACUUUGAUAAAACAUUUAGUGCCACACAUUCAGAACUCCUAACUCAAUUCCCACAUGUAUUUCCGGAUCUCAAAGUUUCAGGUAUUCUAUCCGACACAGUCGAUAUACCUACAUUUUCUGAGGAUGAAUCUGAAGAAGAAGAUGCUGGUCGUUUGAUUAUUGAUCCUGAUGUAAUGGCUUCAGUCAACGUUCCCUUAUCAACUGGUAAUCAUCAUUACAUCACCGAGACUUUAAAACAGGAUCCGGAUGUUCUUCGAGAAGAUUUAUACAGUCUUUCCUCCGAUAAUAUGUCCUAUAACCAUGAACUAUCAUCUCAAGCAUUUGAUAGUAUUCAUCCAUACUCUCGAACGUCUUCAACUACUCUUACACAACCAUCGAUGUCGAAUUUUGGUAAUCCAGUUUACUCAUCAUCCGAUUCAUUUACUCAUUCUUUCAAUUCCUCAACAUAUUCAAUGGAAUGUCUAAUAUCUCAACCAGUUUCAGUUUAUCCAACACAUAAUCAGUCAUUGAUCCAAACUGUUGUGCCAAGAUUAACAACUCCACCUAUUUUGGCGUCAUCUACUGUAUCGAACCUAUCAGUACCCAGUAGAAGUGCUUAUUUUCAAUCUAACCAUCUUAAUGUUCCAUCAACUACAACGCAUAACGUGUCCUAUGUUACUACUGAGUACUCAACAUUAUAACUAUACAUCUCAUCAACUGACAUCACCCAAUAAUUAAAAUGGAAUCUACGAUUCACUUCUAGCUGUUACUUGAAAUGAUUCAGUACAAAUCAUUGUAAAAUAUGGUUGUAAUUUUCAUCAUAGAUUUAUGUGCUUAACUAGUAUUUCCAAAUAUUAUUUCAUUUCUACUGUAUAUCUCCCUUCCAAAAUCUCUUCAGUAUGAGUUAAUUAUUUUUUCUUUUAACAUUUGGAUUUAAUUAAUCCCUCCCUGUGAUGAUGAUCUUGGCGUUUAAAAUUAAUCAGCACCGAUUUUUUUCUCUUACUAUUAUUUCUUUGGGACAAUAAAUAAAAACCAUUAUUAGACUUUCGUCCAGACAACAUUUAACAAAAGCAUCUGUGAAAUGAUGAUAUAAUACCUCUUGUUUAUUCUUUUGUAUAUUUUAUAUAUAUAUUUAUCUCAACUCCUCUCCUCCGCUCUUUCUUCCUUGCUUGUGAUUUGUGAUGUUUCUGAACACCAUGUGUACAUAUAUACAUAUUUAUUCAAUAGUUAACAUUGCUUUAAAUUAUCUCCUGUUACCGUUAUUUUCUAAAAUCAUUGUAAAUUAUUAACUUCCUUGCUUAAGGUUCUGGGUGGGUGUGCAUAACCCCUUAGGAUUCGUGAGUUUACUUAAAAUACUGUCUUCCUUUUUGUUUUUCUGUUUUUAACUUUGUCUAAUCUCAAAUAAUUUCCGCGGUUUACACGUUGAAUUAUGAUGGUUGACACUGCUGUUGUUGUACGUAUAUUUGUCUUAUCUUUUCUGUCGUGCGUCAUGUCGCUACUAGAGAAUAGGUGUAUGAUGAUUUGUCGAAUUUCU